GUUUAUUGUGGAGGUUCCGGUGUUUACUGGUUACGGUUUGCGGCCAUGGAUUGAUUGGAUGGAGCAAUACUUUGCUCAGUAUGAUGAUUUCACAGAUUUGCAGAAACAGGCGAUGGCUUAUGGAGUCAUCGAAGGGGAAGCAUUAUCUUGGUAUCAUCAGAGACAGAAGAUGUUACUUUUUCGAUCUUGGGAAGAUUUGAGAGAUUGUUUGCUGCUGAGGUUUGGUGACAGAGACGAUCCACAACUAAUCAAAUUGCUUGCCAAGCAAUGGAGAGACGAGGCAAAUCUCCCGAGGAUGACGACAACUGAUCUGAGGGAUACUGAUCUGAGGAAAGUGAAUUCGGUGUUGGCAAAUGUGGAACCUGUGAUGCUAAACAAUGCUUUGGAGCAACCAUCUAAAGAGACUCCACCAGUAAGAGAGCUCAUGGACGUCAAUGGUUUUCAAGUUCUUUCUUCGCAGGUGGAUUUUCUGAAUGUUAUUUUUGAAAAACAUCCGGACAUUGCAAUAGAGUUCCGUCCAAAGAACCCACAUCUCAGGAAGGCAUGCAUGACUCUCUUGCUCAGCCUAAUCGAGACAUUGUGCCAACCACCUCAGAAUCUCUCCAAUGAAGAUCUCGUAGAAGCAGACAAUGCACUAACAUACGUGAAAGCUUCGGGCUUUAAAGUGGAUUGGUUGGAGAAAAGGCUAGAGGAAGUAAAGGAAAAGAAGGUGGAAGAGCAGAAUGGUGAGAUUCGGAUUCAAGAAUUAGAGGAGGGAUUGAAUGAGCUUAAGCAGAAGUGUUUAGACAUGGAAGCUAUGCUGGAGAAAGAGAAGGCAAAGGUGUUGGCCGCUAGAGCUUCUCUGAAAUUGGAAGACGUCCUCUUAUGACUUGGCAUGUUGUGGUGUUUGUUCGUUUGAGUCUAGGAUUCCAAAUUAGACUCCUGUUAAAACUUUGGAAGCUAGAGAGACAUGUGUCUUAUGUUUUGUUUUUGUAUUUGGCGUAUGGUUAAUACUACAGUAAAUCUAUAAAUAAAAUUUUGUACCAGAGA